AUGACCUCAAAGUUCCAUGCAAACCAGCUAGCAUCAGGAAAUAUCCAGGUCAGUUGCUUCGACUGGCAGAAUGAGGUCUUUGAGGUGCGUGAGAUGCCAAGUGGACUGGAAUAUGCCGUCGACCUCCGUCGACAACGAUGUGACUGUGGUGAGUUCCAGGUAGACCGGAUUCCUUGUCGACAUGUAUUUGCAUGUUGUGCAAAUCAACGACUAGAUUGGCAAGCGUAUGUGCAUGAUGUGUAUAAGAUGGACCAAGUUCAGCGGGUCUACCGAACUAGGUUUAGGCCACUGGGGAAUCCUACUACAUGGCCCGCUUACAACGGGCCUCGAUUCGUACCGAAUCCAUUCCUGAGACGCGUUACCAAAGGUCGCCCCAAGAUGACGUGCUUCUUGAAUGAUAUGGACACGCGAAUGUUACGUCAUCCCAGGCGAUGUAGGCAAUGUGGGGUUGAGGGACACAGUCAUAGUAGAUGCCGUCAGUCAGCUGGUGCAAAUGCCGACGGAGAUGCUCAGUAG